UAAACAAAAUGGCUACUUGGGACGUCAAGGGCAAGAUUGCGCUCGUGACUGGCGCUGGAUCUGGCAUCAACUAUGAACUCAGCAAGAGGCUUCUAGAGUCGGGAUGCUCCGUAGUGAUGGCAGAUCUUCGCUUACGCCCCGAGGCUGAGGAGACUCUGAAGAAAUAUCAGCAUCCGCAAGCGGAAGCUGGUGCUGCGUCGGCGAUUUUUCAACAGACCGACCUCUGCGACUGGUCUCAGAUCAAUGUGCUAUGGGAGACCGCCAUCAAGACAUUCGGAAGAGUCAACUUGCUCGUGAACGGAGCAGGCUUAUAUGAGCCUCCCUCCAGUGACUUUUGGAACCCACCUGGUAUCUCGCCACUCGCCCAAGAUCCUGCCGAUGCUCAGGUCGGCAUGUACAAGACCUACGCCGUGAACACCAUCGCCCCCAUUAGGCUCGCUCAGAUUGCCGUCGAGUACUGGCUACGACCUGAGAACCGAAACAACAAAGGAAACAUUCUCUGGGUUGCUAGCAUGGCAGGAUAUAUCCACGGGCUUCUCACACCUUUCUACUAUUCUAGCAAGGCUGCAGUCGUCAGUAUGUGUAGAUCUCUGGGUUCGUUGAAUAAGAUCGCGGGCAUUCGAAAUGCAGCUGUUUGCCCCGGUGUCGUCGAUACUCCGAUUUUCCACCCUGCCUACAGCCGCGAACGAGUACAGUCUGACGAUCUAAUGUUGACGGUGGAUGAGAUGAUUGAUGUCGCUAUGAAUGCUAUUCAGGGCUCCCAGUAUGGAGAUGGCAAUAUCAUCGAAGUUUUCUGCGGAGGAACCAAGGAAGCCCACCAAGUGUGCGUUCGAGAUGUGCCGAUGGAGGCACUUUAUAAUAUGGAAGGUUUGGUUGGCCUAGCUGCAGGAACACAUAUCAUUUCCCAGCAGGAGGAGUUCCAGAAGCAAUUAAAAGAGAAGGGCAUGGGGUUCAAUUGAUGGUAACGCUUGUGCUGGACGACUGCACAUAGCGCUUGUAAAAUGAAG